CCGGGCGGGAAGAUGGCGGCGAUGGAGGGACCCCUGGCUGUCUUCGGCGAGCGGACCAGCGGCGACACGAUCCGCACGCAAAACGGAUUUUAUGUCGAGUCCCGGGGGAAGGCUGCAAAUUCCGAGACUGAUCUCAGUUUCUGAGUAGAUAAAAGACAAAGGAAGAAGCUGAAGACCUGCUUCCUGAUGAUCGCGACAGUCGCGCAGCUCUGAUGAUACUUGAGGUGGAACACUUAGAAUGAAAAUUACCUUAGCCUGCGGUUGAGAUUCUACUUGACAAUGGCACCUUUGGUACAACGGUUGUUUCUUUCAGAAAGCUGCCAUUAGUUCUCUAAAGCCAAAGAAAUAGUUACUUUUGUUUGGAGUUCAGAGUGAAGGUCUGAGUGUUACUGCUGCAUCUGCUAUUGCCAAUAUUGUGAAGAGUUCUCUUGGGCCAGUUGGUCUGGAUAAGAUGUUGGUGGAUGAUAUUGGGGAUGUGACCAUUACUAAUGAUGGUGCAACCAUUCUGAAGCUGCUAGAAGUGGAACAUCCUGCUGCAAAAGUUCUUUGUGAGCUGGCAGAUCUGCAAGACAAAGAAGUUGGUGAUGGGACAACCUCAGUGGUAAUUAUUGCUGCAGAACUUCUAAAAAAUGCAGAUGAGCUUGUGAAACAGAAAAUUCAUCCUACCUCCAUUAUUGGUGGAUACCGACUUGCUUGCAAGGAAGCAGUUCGCUACAUCAAUGAAAAUCUUAUUAUUAACACAGAUGAAUUGGGCAGGGAGUGCCUAAUUAAUGCUGCUAAAACAUCGAUGUCCUCUAAAAUUAUAGGAAUUGAUGGUGAUUUCUUUGCUAAUAUGGUGGUGGAUGCUGCACUGGCAGUUAAAUAUACAGACCAGAAAGGUCAGGCUCGGUAUCCAAUCAACUCAGUUAAUGUUUUGAAGGCACAUGGCCGCAGCCAAAAAGAGAGCAUACUUGUGAACGGUUACGCUCUGAACUGCGUGGUGGGCUCACAGGGCAUGACCAAGAGAAUAGUUAAUGCAAAGAUUGCAUGCCUUGACUUCAGCCUGCAGAAAGCCAAAAUGAAGCUUGGUGUUCAGGUUGUUAUCUCAGACCCUGAGAAGCUGGACCAGAUAAGGCAGAGAGAGUCGGACAUUACCAAAGAAAGGAUCCAGAAAAUUUUGGCCACUGGUGCCAAUGUUAUUCUCACCACUGGAGGUAUUGAUGAUAUGUGUCUGAAGUAUUUCGUUGAUGCUGGUGCUAUGGCAGUACGAAGAGUUGUAAAAAAGGACCUUAAACGGAUUGCUAAGGCAUCUGGAGCAACUGUUUGUUCGACCCUUGCAAACCUUGAAGGUGAGGAGAGUUUUGAGGCAUUAAUGCUGGGACAGGCGGAAGAGGUGAUUCAAGAGAGAAUCUGUGACGAUGAGCUGAUUCUAAUCAAGAAUACAAAGGCUCGUACUUCAGCAUCAAUUAUCUUACGAGGAGCUAAUGACUUCAUGUGCGAUGAAAUGGAACGAUCUAUACAUGAUGCUCUCUGUGUUGUUAAAAGGGUAUUGGAAUCCAAGUCUGUUGUCCCAGGUGGUGGUGCUGUAGAGGCAGCACUUUCAAUAUAUCUUGAAAAUUAUGCAACCAGCAUGGGAUCACGUGAACAACUUGCAAUAGCGGAAUUUGCAAGAUCCCUCUUAAUAAUUCCAAACACAUUGGCAGUAAAUGCCGCUCAAGAUGCGACAGAUCUUGUUGCAAAGUUGAGAGCAUUCCACAAUGAGGCUCAAGUUAACCCAGAUCGCAAAAAUCUGAAAUGGAUUGGUCUUGACUUGAUCAAUGGGAAACCUCGUGAUAACAAGCAAGCUGGUGUCUUUGAACCAACCAUGGUUAAAACUAAGAGCCUGAAGUUUGCAACAGAAGCUGCAAUUACUAUUCUUCGAAUUGAUGAUCUUAUUAAACUGCACCCUGAAACUAAAGAAGAGAGAGGGUGCUAUGAGGAUGCAGUUCACUCUGGAGCACUUGAAGAAUAACUUAGGUUUUAUUUAUGUUUGUCUAACUUACACUUCCCACUCUUGUAACUAAGAUGUUAAUAAAACAAGUGGUUGAAUGCUGCUGCUA